AUGGCAGCGUCAUUUGCUUUCCUCAAGGAUGUUAGGCCAUACAAAACGGCGUGGCGAGUUCAGGUUAAGAUGCUACAUUCAUGGCGUCACUACACCCAAAAAACAGGGGAAACAUUAGAGAUGGUACUCUCUGAUGAAUUGGGUAAGAAGAUACACGCUAGCGUGAGGAAGGAUUUGGUGAACCUUUAUGUGAACAGGCUGCACAUUGAUGACUGGGUUUUCAUUGAAAACUUCGGUCUUAACUAUGCCACCGGCCAAUACAGACCAACCAGCCAUCUCUAUAAGAUGGCUUUCAUCCCUGGGACUGUAGUCAUGCAUUGUGACCCCAAAUCAGAUUCUUCCUUUCUGUCGUUGGCAAAGUAUCAGAAGAUACAAAGUGGAGAACUGAAUCCACAUAUGUUGGUUGAUGUAAUUGGCCAGAUAAUAACUAUUGGAGAACUUGAGAACCUCGAGGCUAACAACAAACCAACCUGCAAAAUCGAUUUCGAAAUAAGAGACGAAAAUGAUGAAAGGAUGGCGUGUACUUUGUGGGGAACCUUAGCUGAGCAGGUACAUAGAGCUUGCGAAAAUUCAGAUGGAAGCAAUGUCAUAGUCAUCCUCAGAUUUAUGAAAAUUAAAGCUUACAAGGGUAACUUGAUGUUUAACCUAAAUACUACUCACAAGAUCGGCUACUCUUUAUGCUAUAACGUUGGCAGGGCUAGACUACUCUGUACAAUCUAUGGAAUUGAUACAGACUGGGCUUGGUACUACAUAAGUUGUAGGUCAUGCAAUAAGAAAGUUAACCACAUCCAUUCUGGUGUACAUGGAGUUAAUAACAAAGGCGUCAAACCAAGAUUCUGGUGUGAUACCUGCAAGAGUGUUGUUACAAAUGUCGUAGCCACCACUGGGGAGCUGAAAUUGUUAUUGUUUGACUCUAUUUGCACGGAGAUAAUAGGGCAGUCUGCUCCAUCUGUUCUUGACGGCUCUGUUGAUGAGAUUGAGGAUCCAGACAAUUUGCCAGAUCCCCUUAAAAAUCUUAUUGGGAAAACUUUUCUGUUUCUGGUGUGUAUCGAGAGGGCAAAUAUAUGGGAUGGGAAAGAUAUCUACAGGGUUUCUAAGGCUCUGUUGAAGCAUGGUGUACUACCAGAAGAGUUAUUGGAGUAUUCUACAGAAAUGUCCAGAGAAACUUCCAUUGAAUCUGCAGACAAGGGCAUUCUCAUGUUGGAAAAUACUCAAGGAACACCAGAUUCUAUGACUCCUUCUUCUAAGCGUGUUUAUGGUUCUAAGGACGGACCUGUGGACCAAGCAUCUACUUCUAAGAAGUCGUGUAUUGAACCAAUAGACUUGGAAAAGGUAAAUCCUGAUUUUAAAAAUGAAGCAGAACUGAACAAGAGCAGUGUUGAAUCAAAGACUGAAGGUGUGAUUGAGACAAAAGCGGACCUUGGUAAAAAUGUGGGCGAAACAAUCGGAACCACUAUUGACAAAGCAGACAAUGCUGGACCAAGAGCUAUGGUUGGAGUGAAGGUCAAGAUUGAGAAGAAGUAA